AUGAGUACAACUUGUAAAUACUGCAAUCACCCUGAGGAUAAGCAAACUCAGCCUGGCCUAAUAUGCGAGAAUUGCUUCUGCUUCGUGCAUGUUACGUGUCUCAAAACAUCGGGGACUCCGGGACAUAUAUCUGGCGAUGUUUUCUUUGAUUUUGUUUGCCAGGAUUGCUCCGCCAAUAAUGAAGAAACUUUUAACCGCAACAAAAUUCAAUGGGUACAUGUUCUACUCUUAACUGUGAACCACUUAAGUAACCAUAUGAGUGGAAUGAGCAACCAUGGCUACUUUCACUACAAAACACACAUCUGCUCCUUCAUCGAUAGAUAUUGGACACAUUUAUUUGGAUCACAAUUUAAACAGAAAAAAAACUGGAUAGGUACAAUAGCUGGAGCGCUGUCAGUGUAUAGCAACUUGUUAUUCCAAUCAGGACUGGCACAGUUAGGUGAAAGUGGAUGGUGGAAACUCAAACAUAACUUCAGCCCAGCUGUUGCUGCUCAUAUAAUUCAGGAGACAUCGCGCGAUAAACCAAAAGGCCGACCUCGGAAUCAACUUGGAAUGGAUAUAACCCUUUUUAUUGCAAAAGUUACUGAAUUAGGGUACAAAGAUCAAUUAGUUGAAGAAAUAUUUACUGAAGUAACAAAGGUUCCUCCUGCAAAGAAAAUCAAGUUGGAAUUUGAAGAUUCUGAUUUUAAUUGUGAAGAUUACUACCCUACAUCUAAUUAUAAGACAGAUAAAGUAACAUUGCCAAAACAAGAGGUUGAAGAGUAUUUAGAGGCAUCCACAGCUAGUUUUUCCUCCCGGGACUACUCUGAUGUUGACAAUAUGUUCAGAAACUUUGAAUACACCCCAGCAUAUAUACCCCAGAGUGAUUCUUCAAGUGUACAUUCCUAUAAACACUUAUAUAACUACGACUCGGAUUCGCAUAGCUCAUAUAAAGAACUAACAUCAGACUCUGAAGUCAGGAAAGAAAUCAAAACAAAAAAGGUUGAAGAAGUACCAUAUAGCAGAGAAAGUUUAUUUUCUACACAGCUUAAUUCUGUUGAUAUGCCCUGGCUUGCUGAAAAAGAGCCUACCAAUGAGGUUGUGGAAAUGUCAGAAUACGAAGAGAUUCAUCUGCUUAAAACUGUGGAAGGUUUAAUUCAAAAAGUGAAGGAUUCAAAUAAAAAUGCCUAUCUGUGCAGACUGAAAGCAAAGCUGGCGUUACGAAGACUAAAACGACACAAACACUUGCCCAUGUUUGAUUUAGAUAAGUCAGUUCAAAUCCUCGGAGGUUAUGUGACAGAUGAUAAGAAAACGGUCAGCAAUAUAGAGAGGGUUCUAGAUAGAUUCCAGAGAACGUACCUUAUUGACAACCUCAGUGGAAUGAUAGCCAGCACAAAUUAUGGCACCGUGCUACUUUCUAAUAUUGAAUUGACGCCAUUUCGUUCUGCGUAUUCUGGAGUUACCCUCAAGCCUUAUAUACGUCGCGACUCUGAGACGACCCCCACUUGGUUGAAACUGAUGGACGAGUUGCUUAAAAGGACACAUAGGAACGAAGAGGACUAUGUUCCCCCUCCCAGGAGUACUAUAGACUACUCUUACGUUCAGCCACAACAUAUCGUUGCAGUCAACAAGUUGUGCGCGCAAUUCUUUUGGCCUGGGAUCGACCUGACUGAAUCACUUCAGUACCCUGAGUUCAGCUGUGUAGUCACCUACAAGAAGUUAGUGAUAGGAUGCGCCUUUCUUGUACCAGAUGCAGGUCAUAAUCAGGCAUACAUCUCUUUUGUGUUAACCAGACCAGAAUGGAGGCGUGCUAACAUUGCUUCCUUUAUGCUCUAUCAUUUGUUGCAGACAUGUUCUGGUCAAGAUGUGACUCUUCAUGUUUCACCAACUAAUCCAGCUGUAUUCCUUUACCAAAAAUUUGGUUUUAAGGUCGAAGAAUUAAUUCAAGAUUUUUACGAAAAAUACUACGAUAUCGAUUACAAAGGAUGUCGACACGCGCUCUUUUUGAGACUAGUCAGAUAG